GAGUGAGCAACACUUCAUCAUGCAUGAACUUUUCUAGUGCACACGGCUUGGAAUUCCAGACCGCUAAUCAGGCUGAUCGUGCUUUCACACCAUCACUGGAACCAAGCCAGAGCAGACUUGAUACGACAACGAGACCACUCCGCCACUAAAUAGCCAGCCGAUAUGCACAUUCUAGUGACGAAUGACGAUGGGCCUCCAUCCACAACUUCCUCCCCAUACAUCCUGCCAUUCGUACAAGCUCUUGAAUCAGCAGGUCACACCGUCUCCGUCAUAGUACCCGACACACAGCGUUCCUGGAUUGGCAAAGCACAUAUAGUCGGCCAAGAUGUUCGUGCCACAUACUACUGGCCUCCCUCACAAGUACCAGAUGAACACCGCAACCCAUCAACGUCUGGUGAGGACAAUGGCUCCUCAUCUCACGACGACGGGACAUAUCCCUGGGUACUAGUCAACAGCACUCCAGCAGGCUGUGCACAGCUAGGACUGAGCCAGUUCUUCAACGACAGAGGGCCUAUCGAUCUCGUUAUUUCAGGCCCCAACUAUGGCCGAAACACAACUGCCGUCUUUGCUCUUUCGUCUGGAACGCUUGGAGCAGCACUGGAAGCAUCUGUGUGUGGUUACAAAGCAAUCGCACUAUCAUUCGCCUUCUUCGACCGCCUCAACGACCCUGUAAUCGUCGCCGAAUCCUGCAAACAAGGCGUGCGAGUAGCCGAAUACCUCUACAAAAACGCCCCAUGGGACCCAGCUCAGCUCUAUUCCGUCAACGUGCCAGUCAAGAAAGGCUGUUCUGAAGCACCAGUCCGCUGGACAAAAAUGCUCCAAAACCAAUGGAAACGUGGCGCUUGUUUUCAGGAACUGAAUUCUGACGCCACAGUAGACGAUCCAGCUUCAGAAGAGGCUAAGCUGAGGCAGCAAGAAUCUAGCGGGAACGACAACCGAGAGCCGAAUGGAACUGCAACUCCACAGGAUAAAUGGAAGCACAGGCACUUCAAGUGGGCUCCCAGGUUCACUGAUGUCUAUGAAAGUGUUGAGAAGAACGGUCCGGGUUCCGAUGGGUGGGCGGUGAAAGAAGGCGAGACAUCGAUUACUGCUUUGAAGGCGAAUUUCAUGCAUGCUGAGGGCUUCGAAGGUGAAGUGAAGCUGUGAUGCUGAUCAGAAAGGCUGAAGUUU